GUUCUCCAAAGAAUAGUGUCUCAUCUCAAACUGAAUUAAUGGGAGCAGAUGUAAAGAAACUUGAAGAAGAAGUGCGACGACUGAAAAGUGAAAACAUUAGUUUACAGGCCACUGUUGAUAACUUCCAAUUCUCACCUGAUUCAUUUAAAGAAUCACCAGAUAAAAUACUGAUCACAGGCCAUCUUCUCAUGAUUGCAACCCCAAACAGUUCCCAGCUAGCAAGUGACGUUGACCCGAUGUUGGUUGAAGGUCGAAUAAUUACGUUGGCACAACGUACGACGGAAGCAACAACAGAGGACAAGACAUUCGAUCAAAAGACAUUUAUGGUUACUAUAACAGCCGAAGAUUCUGAGACUGGCGAAGUAACAACUGAAGUAUCGACAACUACAGAAAAGACAACGGUUGGUGAUAUUGAUAAAUUGACAAUGUUCGAUGCUACUACUAAAACAUCAACAGUAAAAAGACAAACAACUGUUAAUGUAACAACUGGAAAAUUGUCAACAGAAGACAAUACAGCUGUCCAUACAACAACUGAGAAAUUAUCAUCCGACCAAAUGACUAUGGCUGUAACAGUCGACGAAUCAUCAACACCACAGAAAACAAUAACUGAAUUAUUAUCAACAGAAGAAACGAAAACCUUUGAUGCUACCACUGAAAAAUUAACAACUGUUGAUAUAACAACUAAGGAAUUGUCAACGGAAGAAGAAGAAACAUCACCAGUUGAGGCAACCACCGUAGACUUGUUAACAGACCAGAGGACAAUGGUUGUUAAUGUAACCAUUGAAGAGUUACCAACAGUAGAAAAAACAACUGCAACUGUUGGUGUAAAAACUGAAAUAUCAACAGCAGAAAAAAGAACAACGUCCGAUGCUACUACUGAAAAAUUAACUGUUGCACGUGAAACAACACUUGAUAUAGCAACUAAAAAUUUGACAACGGAAGACAAGGUAACAGUCGAACCAACAACCAUAGAAUUUUUUACCAACCAGUGGACGACGGUAAAUGUAACAUUUGAAGAGGCAUCAACUGUACCAAAAGCAACUGCUAAUGAAAAAACUGAUGAUAAGACAAUGCAUACUACUACUGAUGAAUCAAUCGUAAAUGAGCAAACAUCGUUUCACAUUACAACUACAAAAUUGACAACGAAAGACUUGACAACAGUUGAUUCAGCUACUGAAGAUUUAUUAACUGACCAGAAGACAAUGGUUGUUAAUGUAACAGUUGAAGAACUGUUAACAAUUGAGAAAACAACUGCUGAUUUAACAACUGAGGUAUCAACAAAAGAAACAACAGUGGUCGAGGCUACUACUGAAAAAUCAACAGCUGAAUGGAAAACAGCAAUUAAUACAACAAGUGAAAACUUCACAACAAAAGACAAGACAACGAUCGGUGCAACUACUGAGCAAUCCUUAACUGAUGAGAUGACGACCGUUAAUGUAACAAUCAAAGAAUCAUCAUCUGCAGUACAGAAAACGACUGCUGAAGUAGCAACUGAGGUAGCAACAAUAGAAGAAUCAACAGUGUUCGAAGCUACUACUAAAAAAUCAACAGCUGAAUGGAAAACAGCGAUUGAUAUAACAAGUAAAAACAUUACAACAAAAGAUGAAAUAACGAUCGUUGCAACUACCGAGAAAUCCUUAACUGAUGAGAUGAUGACCGCUAAUGUAACAAUCGAAGAAUCAUCAUCUUUUCAGAAAACAAAUGCUGACGUAACAACUGAAGUACCAACAUCGGAAGAAAAUACACCAGUCUAUACAACUUCUGUAGAAUCUACAGCGGAAUGGCAAACAUUAUUGGAUAUAACAACUAAAGAAUUGACGACGAAAGACAUGACAACGGUUGAUUCAGCUACUGAAGAUUCAUUAACUGGCGGGAAGACAAUGGUCGUUAAUGUAACAGUUGAAGAACUAUCAACAAUUGAGAAAACAACUGCUGAUUUAACAACUGAAAUACCAGCAACAAAAACAUCAACAGAAGUCGAUACUAUUAGUGAUAAAUUUACAGUAGAAUGGCAAACAGCUGUAACUAAAGAAUUGACAACGGAAGACAAGAAAACUACCAAUGCAACCACUAUAGAACCGUUAACUAACCGGUGGACCACGGUAAAUUCAACAAAUGAAGAAUCAUCUACAGUACAAAAAAUGACUGCUGAUGUAGGAACUGAAGUACCAACGUCAGAAGAAGAUACACCAGUCUAUAGAACUUCCAUAGAAUCAACAGCGGAAUGGCAAACAUUGUUGGACAUAACAACUAAAGAAUUGAUGACGAAAGACAUGACAACGGUUGAUUCAGCUACUGAAGAUUCAUUAACUGACGAGAAGACAAUGAUCGUUAAUGUAACAGUUGAUGAACUAUCAACAAUUGAGAAAACAACUGCUGAUUUAACAACUGAAAUACCAGAAACAAAAACAUCGACAGAAGUUGAUACUACUACUGACGAAUUUACAGUGGAAUGGCAAACAGCAGUAACUAAAGAAUUGACAACGGAAGAUAAGAAAACUUCCAAUGCAACCACUAUAGAAUCGUUAACUAACCGGUGGACCACGGUAAAUUUAACGAAUGGAGAAUCAUCUACAGUACAGAAAAUGACAGCUGAUGUAGCAACUGAGGUAGCAACAAUAGAAGAAUCAACAGUGUUCGAAGCUACUACUGAAACAUCAACAGCGAUUGAUAUAACAAGUACAAACAUCACAACAAAAGACGAAAUAACAAUUGUUGCAACUACCGAGAAAUCAUUAACUGAUGAGAUGACGUCCGUUAAUGUAACAUUCGAAGAGUCAUCAUCUUUUCAGAAAACAAUUACUGAUGUAACAACUGAAAUACCAACACCGGAAGAAAAUACACCUGUCUAUACAACUUCAACAGAAUCAAAAGCGGAAUGGCAAACAUUGUUGGACAUAACAACUAAAGAAUUCAUGACGAAAGACAUGACAACGGUUGAUUUAGCUACUGAAGAUUCAUUAACUGGCGGGAAGACAAUGGUCGUUAAUGUAACAGUUGAAGAACUAUCAACAAUUGAGAAAACAACUGCUGAUUUAACAACUGAAAUACCAGCAACAAAAACAUCAACAGAAGUCGAUACUAUUAGUGAUAAAUUUACAGUAGAAUGGCAAACAGCUGUAACUAAAGAAUUGACAACGGAAGACAAGAAAACUACCAAUGCAACCAUUAUAGAACCGUUAACUAACCGGUGGACCACGGUAAAUUCAACAAAUGAAGAAUCAUCUACAGUACAAAAAAUGACUGCUGAUGUAGGAACUGAAGUACCAACGUUGGAAGAAGAUACAGCAGUCUAUACAACUUCCAUAGAAUCAACAGCGGAAUGGCAAACAUUGUUGGACAUAACAACUAAAGAAUUCAUGACGAAAGACAUGACAACGGUUGAUUCAGCUACUGAAGAUUCAUUAACUGACGAGAAGACAAUGAUCGUUAAUGUAACAGUUGAUGAACUACCAACAAUUGAGAAAACAACUACUGAUUUAACAACUGAAAUACCAGCAACAAAAACAUGGACAGAAGUUGAUACUACUACUGACGAAUUUACAGUGGAAUGGCAAACAGCAGUAACUAAAGAAUUGACAACGGAAGAUAAGAAAACUACCAAUGAAACCACUAUAGAAUCGUUAACUAAGCGGUGGACCACGAUAAAUUUAACGAAUGAAGAAUCAUCUACAGUACAGAAAACGACUGCUGAUGUAACAACUGAGGUAGCAACAAUAGAAGAAUCAACAGUGUUCGAAGCAAAUACUGAAAAAUCAACAGCUGGUUGGAAAACAACGAUUGAUAUAAUAAGUAAAAACAUUACAACAAAAGACGAAAUAACGAUUUUUGCAACUACCGAGAAAUCCUUAACUGAUGAUAUGACGACCGUUAAUGUAACAAUCGAAGAGUCAUCAUCUUUUCAGAAAACAAAUGCUGACGUAACAACUGAAGUACCAACAUCGGAAGAAAAUACACCAGUCUAUACAACUUCAAUAGAAUCAACAGCAGAAUGGCAAACAUUGUUGGACAUAACAACUAAAGAAUUGAUGACGAAAGACAUGACAACGGUUGAUUCAGCUACUGAAAAUUCAUUAACUGAAGAGAAGACAAUGAUCGUUAAUGUAACAGUUGAAGAACUGUCAACAAUUGAGAAAACAACUGCUGAUUUAACAACUGAAAUACCAGCAACAAAAACAUCGACAGAAGUUGAUACUACUACUGACGAAUUUACAGUGGAAUGGCAAACAGCAGUAACCAAAGAAUUAACAACGGAAGACAAGAAAACUACCAAUGCAACCACUGUAGAAUCGUUAACUAACCGGUGGACCACGGUAAAUUCAACAAAUGAAGAAUCAUCUACAGUACAGAAAACGACUGCUGAUGUAGCAACUGAAGUACCAACGUUGGAAGAAGAUACACCAGUCUAUAGAACUUCCAUAGAAUCAACAGCGGAAUGGCAAACAUUGUUGGACAUAACAACUAAAGAAUUGAUGACGAAAGACAUGACAACGGUUGAUUCAGCUACUGAAAAUUCAUUAACUUACGAGAAGACAAUGGUCGUUAAUGUAACAGUUGAAGAACUAUCAACAAUUGAGAAGACAACUGCUGAUUUAACAACUGAAAUACCAGCAACAAAAACAUCAGCAGAAGUCGAUACCACUAGUGAUAAAUUUACAAUGGAAUGGCAAACAGCUGUAACUAAAGAAUUGAUAACGGAAGACAAGAAAACUACCAAUGCCACCACUAUAGAAUUGUUAACUAACCGGUGGACCACAGUAAAUUCAACAAAUGAAGAAUCAUCUACAGUACAGAAAAUGACUGCUGAUGUAGCAACUGAAGUUCCAACGUCGGAAGAAGAUACACCAAUUUAUACAACUUCCAUAGAAUCAACAGCGGAAUGGCAAACAUUGUUGGACAUAACAACUAAAGAAUUGAUGACGAAAGACAUGACAACGGUUGAUUCAGCUACUGAAGAUUCAUUAACUGACGAGAAGACAAUGAUCGUUAAUGUAACAGUUGAUGAACUGUCAACAAUUGAGAAAACAACUGCUGAUUUAACAACUGAAAUACCAGCAACAAAAACAUUGACUGAAGUCGAUACUACUACUGACGAAUUUACAGUGGAAUGGCAAACAGCAGUAACCAAAGAAUUGACAACGGAAGACAAGAAAAUCACCAAUGCAACCACUAUAGAAUCGUUAACUAACCGGUGGACCACGGUAAAUUCUACAAAUAAAGAAUCAUCUACAGUACAGAAAACGACUGCUGAUGUAGCAACUGAAGUACGAACGUCGGAAGAAAAUACACCAGUCUAUACAACUUCAAUAGAAUCAACAGCAGAAUGGCAAACAUUGUUGGACAUAACAACUAAAGAAUUGAUGACGAAAGACAUGACAACGGUUGAUUUAGCUACUGAAGAUUCAUUAACUGAUGAGAAGACAAUGGUUGUUAAUGUAACAGUUGAAGAACUAUCAACAAUUGAGAAAACAACUGCUGAUUUAACAACUGAAAUACCAGCAACAAAAACAUCAACAAAGGUCGAUACUACUAGUGAUAAAUUUACAGUGGAAUGGAAAACAGCUGUAACUAAAGAAUUGACAACGAAAGACAAGAAAACUACCAAUGCAACCACUGUAGAAUCGUUAACUAACCGGUGGACCACGGUAAAUUCAACAAAUGAAGAAUCAUCUACAGUACAGAAAACAACUGCUGAUGUAGGAACUGAAGUACCAACGUUGGAAGAAGAUACAGCAGUCUAUACAACUUCCAUAGAAUCAACAGCGGAAUGGCAAACAUUGUUGGACAUAACAACUAAAGAAUUGAUGACGAAAGACAUGACAACGGUUGAUUCCGCUACUGAAGAUUCAUUAACUGAUGAGAAGACAAUGAUCGUUAAUGUAACAGUUGAUGAACUACCAACAAUUGAGAAAACAACUACUGAUUUAACAACUGAAAUACCAGCAACAAAAACAUGGACAGAAGUUGAUACUACUACUGACGAAUUUACAGUGGAAUCGCAGACAGCAGUAACUAAAGAAUUGACAACGGAAGGAAAGAAAACUACCAAUGCAACCACCAUAGAAUCGUUAACUAACCGGUGGACCACGAUAAAUUUAACGAAUGAAGAAUCAUCUACAGUACAGAAAACGACUGCUGAUGUAGCAACUGAGGUAGCAACAAUAGAAGAAUCAACAGUGUUCGAAGCUACUACUGAAAAAUCAACAGCUGAAUGGAAAACAGCGAUUGAUAUAACAAACAUGACAACGGUUGAUUCAGCUACUGAAGAUUCAUUAACUGAAGAGAAGACAAUGAUUGUUAAUGUAACAGUUGAAGAACUAUCAACAAUUGAGAAAACAACUGCUGAUUUAACAACUGAAAUACCAGCAACAAAAACAUCAACAAAGGUCGAUACUACUAGUGAUAAAUUUACAGUGGAAUGGCAAACAGCUGUAACUAAAGAAUUGACAACGGAAGACAAGAAAACUACCAAUGCAACCACUGUAGAAUCGUUAACUAACCGGUGGACCACGGUAAAUUCAACAAAUGAAGAAUCAUCUACAGUACAGAAAACGACUACUGAUGUAGCAACUGAAGUACCAACGUUGGAAGAAGAUACACCAGUCUAUAGAACUUCCAUAGAAUCAACAGCGGAAUGGCAAACAUUGUUGGACAUAACAACUAAAGAAUUGAUGACGAAAGACAUGACAACGGUUGAUUCAGCUACUGAAGAUUCAUUAACUGACGAGAAGACAAUGGUCGUUAAUGUAACAGUUGAAGAACUAUCAACAAUUGAGAAGACAACUGCUGAUUUAACAACUGAAAUACCAGCAAGAAAAACAUCAACAGAAGUCGAUACCACUAGUGAUAAAUUUACAAUGGAAUGGCAAACAGCUGUAACUAAAGAAUUGAUAACGGAAGACAAGAAAACUACCAAUGCAACCACUAUAGAAUUGUUAACUAACCGGUGGACCACAGUAAAUUCAACAAAUGAAGAAUCAUCUACAGUACAGAAAAUGACUGCUGAUGUAGCAACUGAAGUUCCAACGUCGGAAGAAGAUACACCAAUUUAUACAACUUCCAUAGAAUCAACAGCUGAAUGGCAAACAUUGUUGGACAUAACAACUAAAGAAUUGAUGACGAAAGACAUGACAACGGUUGAUUCAGCUACUGAAGAUUCAUUAACUGGUGAGAAGACAAUGAUCGUUAAUGUAACAGUUGAUGAACUAUCAACAAUUGAGAAAACAACUGCUGAUUUAACAACUGAAAUACCAGCAACAAAAACAUCGACAGAAGUUGGUACUACUACUGACGAAUUUACAGUGGAAUGGCAAACAGCAGUAACUAAAGAAUUCACAACGGAAGAAAAGAAAACUACCAAUGCCACCACUAUAGAAUCGUUAACUAACCGGUGGACCACGGUAAAUUUAACGAAUGAAGAAUCAUCUACAGUACAGAAAAUGACUGCUGAUGUAGCAACUGAGGUAGCAACAAUAGAAGAAUCAACAAUGUUCGAAGCUACUACUGAAAAAUCAACAGCUGAAUGGAAAACAGCGAUUGAUAUAACAAGUAAAAACAUUACAACAAAAGACAAAAUAACGAUCGUUGCAACUACCGAGAAAUCCUUAACUGAUGAGAUGACGACCGUUAAUGUAACAAUCGAAGAGUCAUCAUCUUUUCAGAAAACAAAUGCUGACGUAACAACUGAAGUACCAACAUCGGUAGAAAAUACACCAGUCUAUACAACUUCAUUAGAAUCAACAGCAGAAUGGCAAACAUUGUUGGACAUAACUAAAGAAUUGGUGACGAAAGACAUGACAACGGUUGAUUCAGCUACUGAAGAUUCAUUAACUGAAGAGAAGACAAUGAUCGUUAAUGUAACAGUUGAUGCACUGUCAACAAUUGAGAAAACAACUGCUGAUUUAACAACUGAAAUACCAGCAACAAAAACAUUGACAGAAGUUGAUACUACUACUGACAAAUUUACAGUGGAAUGGCAAACAGCAGUAACUAAAGAAUUGACAACGGAAGACAAGAAAACCACCAAUGCAACCACUAUAGAAUCGUUAACUAACCAGUGGACCACGGUAAAUUCAACAAAUAAAGAAUCAUCUACAGUACAGAAAACAACUGCUGAUGUAGCAACUGAAGUACCAACGUCGGAAGAAAAUACAGCAGUCUAUGCAACUUCCGUAGAAUCAACAGCGGAAUGGCAAACAUUGUUGGACAUAACAACUAAAGAAUUGAUGACAAAAGACAUGACAACGGUUGAUUCAGCUACUGAAGAUUCAUUAACUGAAGAGAAGACAAUGAUCGUUAAUGUAACAGUUGAAGAACUACCAACAAUUGAGAAAACAACUGCUGAUUUAACAACUGAAAUACCAGCAACAAAAACAUCGACAGACGUUGAUACUACUACUGACGAGUUUACAGUGGAAUGGCAAACAGCAGUAACUAAUGGAAUCGCAGACAGCAGUAACUAA